UUUUAUUUACAUGGGUUGGAAAGUGAUGAAAUGUAGUUGAGAGGGUAAAACACAAUUGAUAAGUUUUGUUCUGUAAGAAUUGAAAUGAAAUCUUUAACGCUUAUCAGCUUCCGAUUCUUCCGCAAACCUAAAUGGCCGAUUUUGCUUGCUGGUCACCCGAUCACGUUAACAUGGGGAGGGUAAAGCUAAAGAUAAAGAAGUUGGAGAACACCAAUGGCCGACAGGCAACAUAUGCUAAAAGGAAGAAUGGAAUAAUGAAAAAAGCUACUGAGCUAUCUAUACUCUGUGAUAUAGAUAUUAUACUUCUCAUGUUCUCUCCUGGUGGAAAACCUUCCUUAUGCAGGGGGAGACGCGGUAACUUCGAGGAGGUUAUUGCAAAGUUUGCUCAACUAACUCCCCAAGAAAGGGCGAAAAGGAAGUUGGAGAGUCUUGAAGGACUGAGGAAAACAUUUAAGAAGUUAGAUCACAAUGUAAACAUACAAGAAUUUAUGGGUGCAAGUAGUCAAACUAUUGAGGAUCUAAGUAAUCAUGCCAAGCUAUUACAGAUUCAAAUUUCUGAAAUCCAUGAGAGAGUAAGUCAAUGGACAGAGUGUGAUAAAAUAAGCAGUGUGGAACAAUUGGGACAGAUGGAAAAUUCACUCAGACAAUCACUUAAUCAAAUUCAAACCCGAAAGGAAACAAUGAAAAACCAACAAAUUGUGUCACUACAAUGCAAUAACCAGUUCAAUGAAAUGAAUAUUCCCUUCCGAAUGAACACAGACCAGCAUCUCCAACCUUUAUCAUGGAUUGCUAAUGGUGACAACCAAAACAUAGUUUUACCUGAGGACUCAAACUUGUUUCUCCAUAAAGAAGUUGAGGGAUCAGCAAGUUCAUCUUUUGGGAGUUAUGCUAGUUAUCUUGGGUCAAGUGGCAAAACUGAGAUAUCUAACUCUGGGCCAGAAAGUUGUGUCCUCAGUGAUAUGAGCAGCAAUGCUCCACUGAGGCAACAAUUGAAUGGGCAAUUUCCAUACAUGCCAUACAAUUUUAAUUUAUUGAAUAAUUUGAAGUUCCAACCAGCUGCAGAGAUUAAUCCACAUGAGAACCCUGCUGAUUAUCAUGUGAAUGGAAGCUUUGAAGCUCCUAGACAAGGUUAUGAAUCUAACAACCAUGGAUGGGCCUCCACAUCUGGGCCAUGUGCUGUUACUAUGUUUGAUGAGCAUUUGUAUGCUCAGCAACCCAACUAAUUCACUACAGUUUUUCGACAUCUAUGCACUAAUGAUGUUGCUGAAGAACUUUGAUCACACUAACAUCUUCGAAGGAGUUUACCACAGUGGAUUUGUUUUAGAUACAGAUAUAGAAAAAGUAACCAGCCAAUUUUAGAUGUGGCUUCUGUACAACAACAAAGUCUACCUUGAUGCCAUUCAUUCACUGAUUGAGCUGAGUCAAGGAAUGUUAUAUUAGAUCCUAUUAGUUAAUUACCAAUUAUAGGUUCCAAUUGGUUUUUUCUGCUUCCACCUUGUCUUGGGUGUGAAGGUUACUAAUAUCAAGUUUCUUCUUCCGUCAUGGUUAAUUAAUAGUUGUAUAUAAAAUCACAUAACCACAAAUUAGUGUUUCAAUCAGUUGAAUUGAUUUGUUUUUUCUUUCUGUUGAAUACUCAUUCUGUAUAUUCUUAAUGUAAACAAGGGGUGCUAGUUUAUUUGUCCA